AACCUUUCACGAGCAGCGAAGAAUGGAGAGAGCCGCUAACGACACUCCGCUGUUAGCGUGAAACAUCAGUCACAAACAAGUCACACUGAAAACCUUUCUAUCAAGCUCCGGGUUACUCGUGUACAUCUUGUCGUGGCAGACACACACGCCGUGUCCUGAUCGUGUGGAUUUAUCACAGCGAAGGUCUACCACCUCCUUCCUGUGACAAAUGUUGAGGCCAGAGAUCAGCCUGUUCAACAACUGUUAGAGGUGACAGGGCGAGGACGGGGAGGAGUGCCGGUUUGCUGUGCCAGGUUGUGUCUCAUGAGAGUGACUGUGCCAUCCAGGCACUGCCAGUGACUAGGGCUGUGGCUGUGGUGGGCCCGGCCCAGGAGGCCUCUUCGUACAUCACUCCAGGCUCCUGCUGACCUGUGCUGCUCACACCAUGGAUCAACAGAGAGAUAAAUAUGGCGAGCGGCCCGCCAGGAGCACUAAAGUUUCCCAGGGAAGCCGCAGCGGACACUCGUCCCGACCAUCUGGCUCCUCCAGCUCAUCUGGGGUCCUCAUGGUGGGGCCGAACUUUCGAGUGGGCAAGAAGAUCGGCUGUGGAAACUUUGGUGAAUUAAAACUCGGUAAAAAUCUCUACACCAACGAGUAUGUAGCUAUUAAACUGGAACCAGUGAAGUCGAGGGCACCACAGUUGCAUUUAGAGUACCGGUUCUACAAAACACUGGGAACUACAGCUGAAGGCGUGCCCCAGGUGUUUUACUUUGGGCCCUGUGGGAAAUACAAUGCCAUGGUUCUGGAGCUGCUGGGACCGAGUCUAGAGGACCUCUUUGACCUUUGUGACAGGACCUUUUCACUGAAGACUGUCUUAAUGAUAGCUAUUCAGCUGAUUUCUCGAAUGGAGUACGUGCACUCGAAAAACCUCAUCUAUAGAGAUGUGAAACCUGAAAACUUUCUCAUCGGACGGCAAGGAAACAAAAAGGAACACAUCAUCCACAUCAUCGACUUUGGUCUGGCCAAAGAGUACAUCGACCCCGAGACCAAAAAACACAUUCCAUACAGGGAGCAUAAGAGCUUGACUGGCACUGCCCGAUAUAUGUCCAUCAAUACGCAUUUAGGCAAAGAGCAAAGCCGGCGAGACGACCUGGAGGCCUUGGGCCACAUGUUCAUGUAUUUCCUUCGUGGGAGUCUACCAUGGCAAGGACUGAAGGCCGACACGUUGAAAGAACGAUACCAGAAGAUCGGAGACACAAAACGAAACACUCCCAUCGAGGUCCUCUGUGAGAACUUCCCAGAGGAGAUGGCCACCUACCUGCGAUAUGUGAGACGGUUGGACUUCUUCGAAAAGCCCGACUAUGAAUAUCUGCGGACUCUGUUCACUGAACUGUUUGAGCGAAAAGGAUACACCUUUGACUACACUUACGACUGGGUUGGCAGGCAGAUACCCACACCAGUGGGGUCUGUCCAUAUAGACUCUGGAGCAUCUGCUGUGACGAGAGAGAGCCAUCCUCACAGAGACCGACCAUCACAGCACCCACCCAUUAGAAAUCAGACAGCGGUCUCAGAUCGACGAGGAGCAUGGGAGGUGCAGCCCACACGCCAAGCAAACUCCUCCUAUCUGACCUCCCACCUGGCAGCGGACAGGCACGGGGGCUCAGUGCAGGUGGUCAGCUCGACCAACGGGGAGCUGAACGCAGACGAUCCGGCUCAUUCCAACGCUCCCAUUACAGCUCAGGCAGAGGUGGAAGUGGUCGACGAGGCCAACUGCGUGAAAAUGCUCAACCUGUGGUGCUGCUGUUUCUUCAAGCGAAAACGGAAGAAGAACACGCCGAGGCACAAAUGAUCAUCCACCACCGGCCUGAAAGUUCAGAGUGUCCGGCUCAGUUGAUCGUGAUUUCAGAAAUCAAUAAGGUCCCAUUCUGAAUAAAAAGAGGGAGACAACUUUAA